AUGGUCAAGUUUAGCGAAGAGAAAAAACAACGAGUUCUCAAAGAAGUAAAAAUUAUGUCAAAACUAGACUCAAAUUAUGCGGUCAAAUAUUACAACUCAUGGCUUGAGUCUAACCAUCUGUACAUUCAGAUGGAGUUGUGUUCGCAAAGCCUUAAGUCUGUUAUCAAAGACAAAGCCAUUGUCUUCGGGAGACAAUCGGAAAUCGCGAUGAAUAUCAAUGAAUAUUAUAUUUGUUGUGAAAUUUUUAAAGAAAUUUUAGAAUGUGUACAAUAUUUACAUGAAUCUAAACCGCCGAUUAUUCAUCGGGAUCUCAAACCCGAUAAUAUACUAAUCGCACACAACGUUAGAAAUAAUCGAUUUAUUAAACUGUGCGAUUUUGGUUUAGCCACCACUCACGAGAGACAAUCCAUGAGCCAUACGGCAGGGGCCGGAACUUCAGCUUAUAUGGCACCUGAAGUACACCAGUCGAGAUAUACUAUUAUGGUUGAUAUUUAUAGUUUGGGAGUCAUUGCACAGCAUUUGCUUGAUUUAUAUAAUAAUCCUAUGGAAAAAUACAAUUUAGCAGAAUUUUCGGCUAAUAUUAAUAAAUUUUAUGAAAUGAUUGGACAAAUGGUUCAGUAUAUGCCCGACAAUAGGCCAACAAUUGCUGGCGUCCUCGAGAGCUAUAAUCAGUGGUCUGUCGAUAGAAAAAUAACAAAAAAAUAUAGUUAUAAUCAAGACGGAUUGGGAAAUUUUGGUAAAGUGUACAAAGUGAGUAAAAAUACUGAUAAUCGGAUAUAUGCCGUAAAGAAAAUACGAAUACAUGAUUUAUGUAACGAAAAUAAAACACUUGUGAAGAGAGAGGCAGAAAUGGUGCCAAAAUUGAGCUCAAAUUUUGUGGUCAAAUGUUAUCGAUCGUGGUUUGAAUCGGACUAUCUGUACAUUCAAAUGGAGUACUGCUCACAAACCUUACGGACUGUACUAAGAGACAAAUGGACGGCAUUUGGUAGACAAUCACCGGCCGAUCUCAUGAAUCCAUACGAGUAUUACAUAUCAUGUGAAAUAUUUCGGGAACUUUUACUAUGCAUACAAUAUCUUCAUGGAUUGGAUCCACCGAUCAUUCACCGGGAUAUUAAACCCGACAAUAUAUUAAUUUUGUAUAACCACCGCAAUAAUUCAUUUUUAAAGCUGGGUGAUUUUGGUUUGGUGACCCCCACCAAACAUGAUAGGGACACUAUGACACAUCGCCAGGGUGUGGGCACAGCUAGAUAUAUAGCGUUCGAAGUAUUUACCUCAACUAACUUUGAUUUUAAAGCCGAUAUCUAUAGUAUGGGAAUUAUUGGUUAUGAUCUAUUUGAAGUGAUCGAUAAUCCUACCAAUAAUGACCGUGCAGAAUUUUCAUCAAUGGCCACAAAACGGCCGACCAGUAGUCGAGUCCUACGGGAGUAUAACAAGUGGGCAAAUGUAUUACGAUUAACGGCUCCGGCGGUGAGACCCGGAUUACAGGCGCCGAUUUUUAUCUAA